AUGGUUUUCCUACUUGAUUAUUUCCAACACAGGAGGGAUUGUCAAUUCAAACAAGCAGAACGAACUCAACGAAUACAAAGCCUCACGAGUUAUCAUGGAGCAUUUACCAAUCCAGAAAGACAAGUUCUCUCGAAACCCAUUGAGGAACUAGUCAAAGAUGUUCACAAUCAAGCUGUCCAACCAAUUGAUAUCCUUCGAGCAUACGGAAAAGCUGCAAUCAAAGCUCAUGAGAAAACAAACUGUGUAACGGAAGUUAUGAUUGACGCUGCUGAAGGUUGGACUACAGAUGGAAGUAUUAAUUUCAAGGGACCAUUAGCAGGUAUCCCUAUAAGUCUAAAGGAUUCAAUUGUAGUUGGUGGUUUCGAUACAACCGUAGGAUACAGUAGCAAUGUUGGUAACAAGGUAGAGAAGGAUGGAACCAUGGUGAGAAUAUUGAAAGAUGCUGGAGCCAUUCCAUAUGUCAAGACAAAUCUUCCCAUUACGUUACUAAGUUUCGAAUCAACAAACGAUCUCUGGGGACGAUGCACAAAUCCUCAUAAUGACAAAUACUCGCCAGGUGGAUCUACCGGUGGUGAAUCUGCUUUAUUAGCAGCUGGUGGUGGAAGAAUUGGAAUUGGUUCAGAUGUUGCUGGAUCAGUUAGAGUUCCAGCGCAUUUCUCGGGAAUCUAUAGUUUGAGGUGCUCAACUGGAAGAUGGCCGAAGAAUGGUAUGUGCACAAGUAUGCCAGGUCAAGAAGGUAUUCCUAGUGUGUUUAGUCCCAUGACAAGAACCUUGGAAGAUCUCUCAUAUUUCACAAAGUCUAUGAUUGGUAUGCAGCCAUGGAAGUAUGAUCAUAGUGUCCACCCUAUUCCAUGGAGAAAGGAAGCAUGGAAGGAUUUCAGCGAAAAGAAGAAGUUUAGAGUUGGUGUACUAAGAACUGAUGGUGUUGUGGAUCCAAGUCCCGCUUGUAUGAGAGCUGUGGAUGAAGUAGUGGCUGUACUGGAAGAAGAUGGCCACGAAGUCUAUGAUGUUAAUCCACCAUCUCCAUACGAAGCACUUUAUCUUGGCUCACAACUUCUCAACGCUGAUGGUUGCAAGACAUUCAAAUCAUUCUUCAGAACUGGCGAAUGGGAAGAUCCCGGAGCAAAAGCAAUGAGCUUUCUUAUGUCAUUACCAAGUCCAUUCAAGUGGAUGUAUUGGGCCUGGGUCAAAUACGUUAGAGGAGAUGAUACUUGGGCUGGAUUGGUCAAGGAAUGGCAUGAGAAAUCUGCUUAUGAGCAAUGGAAACUCGUCGCCAAAAGAGAAGCUUACAAAGCUAAAUUCCAUGCUUGGUGGGAAGAAGAAGUGAAACUCGACUUCAUGAUCACUCCACCAAAUGCCACACCAGCGGUGCCUCACGACGGAAUGAAAGAUGCAGUCAGCAGUUGUGGUUACACUUUCUUAUUCAACUUGCUCGACUACACUGCAGGCAUCAUGCCUAUUACCCAUGUUGAUAAAGAACUCGAUCAACUCCCAUCCAAUUUUUCCCUUAAAUCUCUGAAUGGUGUCGCAUACGGUGCUUAUAAGCAUUACGACGCAAACGCUAUGCAUGGACUUCCGGUAGCGAUACAAGUAGUGGGUCAAAGAUUGGAAGAGGAAAAGGUUCUUGCUAUUAUGCAUAGGAUUGAAGAUUUAUUGGAUGAGGAUAAAUACAAACUUUUGGAAAUCGAUUAA